UUAAAAUAAAUUAAGAGAUUUUAAAGGGUUAUGUCAGCAGUGCACUUAUUAAAGGUCAAUUUAAACACAAUAAAAUGACCAAGUACAAUACGUUUUGUUAUGUAAACCUCUUCUGUUAACCAUACAAAGAGGCAGACAUAUGGGUAUAAAAGGUUUUAGAAUGUUUUAUAUGUAUAUAAAAAGUUUGUUUUAGUGUGCAAAGCCUGAUUCAAGAAAAAAUAGAGGGAAUUUUUUUAAGUCUUUAUUUGCCCCCUUUAACAAAUUUUGAAAAAAUAAACAAGUUAUUUUGGAAUAUUCAUUAUUUAUUACCAUGUGAUAAGUCCAAAUUAUUGUCACAUAGUCUUCAGGCCAAUGUUUUUAAGUAUAUCUGAUUGAGAACAACAAGGUUUUGAUCAAUUAAAUGAUGCAAAAGUUAUCUGAUCUUGGCAUUUGCCAAAACAAUGGGCUGGUUAUCAUCUGUUGAGUGGGGUUUGAUUGUCCAUGUUUGACUCACUCAUGCAGUGAUUCCUGCCAGAUACGGGGUGGGACUUAAUAUAUUGAUAGUAUAUCCUCUUAAAUUGCUACAAGAAGAUAUAAAGAAAAACACUGAUAAUUAAGUAACAGUUCAUUUUAACUUGCACUUCACUAGUUUCCAACUUGCCACAAAAAAGACUAAAUACGAACGACAAUAAUACUGACUUGGUUCCUUAAACUAGAAGAGAAAAAACCCUGCAGAAGCACAUAAGAGGUUACUGGGACAACAUUAGCAGAUGUGUACAGAAUCAGGUCCUGAAUGGUCCCAAAAUGGAUUUAGGCACUCCCACAAAGUGGCAAGUCACCACGGAGCAUGCGCAGAUCGCCGGAAAUUUACACGAGUUUAUUUUCAGGUCGGCUCUUGGAGACGGGUUGCGAAGGUACAAAACUAAGCGAGGCCCAGCGUUGUGCUGAUGUAACAAUUCGCGUAUGGGACAGUUUGAAUUAAAACGUGAGUAGAAACAUCUCCUGGGCGCCCACGUCCGGAUUUUAGGAGUGACACGUGAGAUGUUGCUGCGUGGUUUGUCGGUAUUUCCAGGCGGCGACAGACUGGCCAAGCCAGGCUAGUUGAGCUAACUAGCUAGCUAGAAGUCGAGCACCUCAGCUACCACCGUUAGCCUCUCCGCUGGCUUAGCCUCCUCGCUGCCGACGCAGUUUUUAUUUACAGCUCUGAUUUUUUUUUUAAGUGUUGGAUAAUAUCUGCAGUUUGCCAAGCGUUUCACCAGUCUGCCGCCUCAUUGCAGACGGUGAAACUUAGCUACUGUUAGCUACUUUUGCACGCUUGGCACUGCUAUGUGAGAGGGAGUUGCCACAUAAGUAGUUAUCCAUCCAGCUGACGCUUGGUCCGUCAUAUUAAUCGGACUGUGUUAAAUCGGUGCUGAAAUGCAGCGCUGAUGUAUGCUACCAGUUAGCAAGGAUCCUGUCUCAGAGCAUAGCGGUCAUAUUGUUUUGGGCUGACAUGGCAGCCAGUGGAUACUCUGACCUGAGGGAGAAGCUCAAGUCCAUGACUCCGCACAGCGAUGACUGCAAAAACAAAUACGUGGACGGGACGAGUAACGGCAGCGGGAAAGCCCAAAAGCGAAAAUUCCGGGAGUCGGAUGACGACGAGUACGAGCACAGCGACGACAGCGCGGAGCUCCGGGAGCAGGAGGCCAGCCGGGUGAAGAGCAGCAUCCAGCAGAGGGGCAUCUUCACCCCGGAGGAGUGCGCCUGCAUCGAGGAGAAGAUCGACGAGGUGGUCGCCAAAGGGGAGGCCGGGCUGUACCGUGAACACACCGUGGACAGGGCACCGCUCCGCAACAAGUACUUCUUCGGGGAGGGUUACACCUACGGGUCCCAGCUGGAGAAGCGCGGGCCCGGCCAGGAAAGGCUGUACCGCAAAGGAGAGGUGGACGAGAUCCCGAGCUGGGUGCACGAGCUGGUCAUCAAUCGCCUGGUGUCCGACGGAGUGAUCCCCGAAGGAUUUGUCAACAGUGCGGUGAUCAAUGAUUACCAACCGGGCGGCUGCAUAGUGUCCCACGUCGACCCCCUGCACAUCUUCGCCCGGCCCAUCGUCUCGGUGUCCUUCUUCAGUGACAGCGCUCUCUGCUUCGGAUGCCGCUUCCAGUUCAAACCCAUCCGCGUGUCCGAGCCCGUGUUCGUCCUGCCUGUGAGGAGAGGGAGCGUGACGGUGCUCAGUGGUUACGCUGCAGAUGACAUUACCCAUUGCAUUCGGCCCCAGGACAUCAAGGAGCGGCGUGCUGUAAUCAUCCUCAGAAAGACCAGACCAGAUGCUCCCCGACUGGACUCCGACAGGCCUUUAAGCUCUUUUCCUGCCGCGAGGCCAGGUCCUCUGAAAGCCAAACGCUCUCGUCGCAAAGCAGAUCCCGAUGCUGCUCACAGGCCAAGGGUUUUGGAGAUGGACAAAGAAGAGAACAGACAUCCUUCUUUUUCCCGGCAUCAUCGUCAUGACAUCAGUUCAGAGAACUACUGGAGGCGCGGUCAAGACAGCGACAAACACCGGGAGAGUUCCGGACGCAAAGUCAAAAUGAGACGCCACUGAGUUUUUGUUCGUUUUAGUUUGUUUUUGUUUGUUUUUACACACAAACACACAAAUAUCCCAGUUCUUUUGUGUAUGUCAAUAUGGUAACUUUAUUUGAUCGCUCAUCAAUUUGUUUGUCCAGUUAAGAUCUGGUACAAAGAACAAAGUCACCUCUUUGUUUGGAUUUGGAUCCGCUUGAGUGGCCGAAGAAACAGGCGUCUCUGCUCCGUAUUAAACAACCUCAAAUUACUCACUACAGUUAGGCUCUGUUAAGCUGUUCAGUUACAUUAAAUCAAACCUUUUUUCUUUGUUCAUAGUUAUUUCAGAAUGGCAUGUAUUUUUUUGUACCCAACAUGUACAGACCUUAAGACCUAAGAGGAAGAUGUAUGUAUGGACUUGUACAAAGGCAACUUUGAGCUAUAAUCUAACUUGUUAUAAUGUACAAUAUGUUUGUAUAGUCUUUGAUUCUUGGACUUUCAUGAGGAAAUGUCUCCUUUUUUCCUUUUCUCUGCCCCUACUUUUCAGAUCCACAAACCCUUUCUGUGACUUGAGUUUCAGCUGCGGGUUCAUGUGCAGCCUUGCUUUUCUGUGUUCUUAUUUGACCCGUCUCUGUAUUGGUCACAUUUCGAGUAAAAACUGAACUGAUGCUUUAGGAGUGAGGAAAAAAACUCAGGUCUUGUUUUACACUCCCUGUUCAGUCUAAAGCCGUUUUACUUUAUGAAAAGGGCCACGUCUUUGCUCUUCUGAAUUAAAUUCAAAGUGUCCUGAUGUUGGCUGAAAUUGGAGUCUUUUAGAGUUUCAUUUGAAUAAAACGACUUGUAUAUUGACCGUUUGGUUUGGAUCUGGGCACAUGGCUGAGAAGAAACUACAUUUUCACAAGUGUUCCCUUGCUGUGUAAACACAUCCAUAUUUGGUUGUGGUGCUCCCUAGCUGACAGCAGGUUAGUCUGAAGUUACAAGGGCAAAAAUAACCUCGGUUCAGAGUUGAGAUUGCUUUCUAAAAGCGGUAUGAGAGAAGCUCUGCUACUCUCUAGAACAUGGACAAAAAGGUAUAUUCACAAGGCAAACGCAGGAUAAUGAAUGGGUGAAAUGAUUUUGAUAACAUGGCCGUGUAAUGGCUUUCUGACCAAGUUCAGCCAAAUCUAGCUUGGACAGAAGGUUCACUGGAGGCUGUUAUCCAUUAACAGUCACUACUCACUUGUAUUGUAAAGCCAAGUCUUCCAAAUAAAGCAAACCUAAAAUGCAUAAAGGGCUUUAGCUGAUCAGUGCAGCUUUAAUGGCUUGUAAAAAAAAAAAA